CCAACUCCGGCGGCGGGCGAAGUGACCCGGAGGGCACCGAGCGAGGCCGGCGAGCCAGAGGGAAGAGGAGGGAGAAGCGGCGGCGGGAGGAGGAGAGAGGAGCGGGGCCGGUGGCUCACCAGGAUCCGCUUGAAGAGGUGGUGGAAAAAUAAGAAACAAAAUGAAACCUUUCCAAAAGGUCUGCGUUUUCAAGAGCCUGCUUGCCAAUUGCUGCUGUCACAGCCAACUUGACAGCUGUCUUCUCCCUCCUGUUGCAAAGAAGAUAGGCUGCAUGGUGGGACUGCACAACCAUGGAUUUUGGAGGCCAAAGCCUUUAUUGGACACAGCUAGAUUCACUCUGUCAUUUAACAGUUGGCACAGGAAAAACCAUCAGGAUUCUCAAGCUUUGUGGAAGCACGAGGCUGUGCAGAAGUAUCUGGAGUCACUCAGCAAGGAAUACCAGCAGGUUAGUCAUCAGUUAAGUGCACACUCAUUAAAUGACUUUGAGCAAAGAACUCUGAGGAGAAGAUGUGCCGAUCUGUCCCCCAUUGCAGCUGCGUUUCAAGAAAUCAAAGAGGCUGAAAGAGAAGUUCAGGAGUUAGAAGCGAUGUGCACAGAACUAGACAGCAGAGAUGAGAAACAACUUCUAGAGCUUGCCUUGGAAGAGAAGGAAAGCCUGAAUAAAAAAAUGAACAUGUUGUGCAGAAAGCUUUUCCAGCUUCUAGUGCCAAAGGAAAAAUAUGAUAGAAGUCCUGUCAUAUUAGAGGUGACAGCUGGCAGAACAACUGGAGGGGACAUCUGCCAACAGUUCACUAAAGAAAUGUUUGACAUGUACCAGAGCUACGCCGACUACAAACGUUGGACCUUUGACAUCGUGAACUAUACGCCAGCUGAGAUAGGAGGCUUGCAUCAUGCUGCUGCUCAUAUUUCAGGAGACAAUGUCUACAGGCAUCUGAAAUAUGAGGGAGGGACUCACCGAGUCCAGCGAAUCCCUGAGACAGGCAUGUCAUCAAGAAUGCAGCGUAUUCACACUGGGACAAUGUCAGUCAUUGUCCUCCCUCAGCCAGAGGAGGUUGAUGUUAAAGUGGAUCCCAAAGAUCUGCGUAUAGAUACAUUCAGAUCCAAAGGAGCAGGAGGACAACACGUUAACAAAACUGAUAGUGCUGUGAGGAUUGUGCACCUUCCUACAGGACUGGCAGUGGAGUGCCAGCAGGAGCGCUCGCAGCAGCUGAACAAGGAGAUCGCUCUGCGGACACUGAGAGCUAAGCUGUACCAGCAGAUCCUUGAGAAGCAGCUCCGUCAAGAGCAGAGUGCCAGGAAGCUGCAGUUGGGAACAAGAGCCCAGUCAGAGAGAAUUCGUACUUACAACUUCACCCAGGACAGAGUGACUGACCACAGGAUCUCAUAUGAUGCACGCAAUAUCAAGGAAAUUCUAAGUGGGAAAGAAGCACUGGAUAAGCUAAUCAACAGAUUACUGGAGUUUGCAGAGAUAGAGGCUGUCACCCAAUAUCUAGAAAAUUUGCAGACUUUAGAAGGAGGAGGCUGAAGCCCUCAAGUAGAAUUAAAACAGAAUUGUUGUGUUUGGUAAUCGAAUAAAACAGAUGUGUUUGUUAGAUGAUAUGUUGAUUAAAACCUAUUUCUCUGUUUUUCAGGGUGUGAUACUAUUCUUUUUGUAUCUUGGUGCAAAUGGGUUGAAUUUAUUGCAGCAGCCCUGGCAGAAAAGCAUCAGCUUGGAGUUCUGUGUGCACACUCCUCCUGUCUUGGCAGCUGGGCUUUGCUAAGCUGAUCCUUCUCUUGACAGUAUCGCAGCUGGAAAGGCAGAGAAUUGUGGUGGUGGAGCAGAAUAAAUACCACAUAGCGCACUUUUUGUUUGGUGGUGGGAGAUGUUCUUCUCCAGGUGAAAGAAACUGAGCUCCCCUAACAUAAUCUAGAAUCUUGCCUUGUGAAUACUAAUUUUUUUUUCCACUUAUUGUGUGAACUUCCUAAAUGAAGUACCUUAGAAAUGACUUUGUAUUAAGAUGCUUUAUUUUUUUUUAGAGUAAAUAUUCAAAAGCAAAGGGAGUGAAGGGGCCAGAAUGUUGUAAGAGAAACCUGUUAAAUUUCUUCCAGGAACUCUUGGGUCAGCUUGUGGUGGGACUGGCCUAUGUGCUGCAGUGCAGAAGUACAUGCUCUAGUUUUCAAUGAAGUUUUUGAGGUAACAGGCAGCUCCCUGUCUCCUGGCAGAGAGAAUGAGUUCAUACUGCAGAUGCAUUUCAACAAACCAGGUAGCUCUGGAAAUCAGCUCCUGUCUUUGGGAAUGUCUGCCUUUGCCUGUCCUUGAGGGGAUCCAGGUGUCUACAGGGCACCCUCAGCUUUGGCAGGACUCGUGCUGAUGUUUUGCACUGCAUGUGUGCGGUGCUGGCAGGUGCUGAGCACCAGCAGGCACUCCUUGUGUGCCUGACUCAGGAAUGCUGUGUGCUCAGGCUGACACAGAGAUUGGUGCUCUGCUCAGCUGGGUUCACUUGCCAGAUCAUGGCAUCUUCUUUUCAUCCUGCUCGCCCCAGGUUCUGCUGGAAAGCUGCUCUGCACUGUCUUUUGCACGAGAAGAGCCAGUUCAUUGUUGCAAUUUAAAUUAUGCCUCGUAGUUGAUUUAUAUUUGCAUAUUUGUUUUGUAAUCAGGAAUGAUGCAGUGUGAGUUCUGAAGGGUGUAGUUUUUAUUACUGUGUAUAUAGCAACAAUUGGAACAUUAUUCAGCUGUAUUAAGAAAAAUAGACAGAAUUUCUAACAGGAAGAAAGCAGGAAGAUUAUACUCAGUUCCUCCAUUCUGCAA